CCUCCUCCUCCUCCUCCUUUCCCUUCCCUCCGCCUCCAUCCCUCCAAUGGAGAAGAAGAGUUGGAUCCCGGAGUGAAGAAAGCCAGGGAAGAACAAGGAAGGAAGGAAGGAGGAGACCCACGCCUGUGGCUUCUUGUCUGGAGGGGCAGCGCGUCUUUUUUGUGAGGCUUUCUCUUCCCCUGCACCCUCCCACCCAUCCAUCGUGUUGGCGUGGGGAAGGAGUAAAAUAACCAUCAUAACAACAACAAGAAAAGAGCCACCCAAAGGGGGAAGAUGGCGAACGAUUCUCCUGCAAAAAGUCUGGGGGAGAUAGACCUCUCCUCCUUGAGGGAUCCGGCUGGGAUUUUUGAGCUGGUGGAAGUGGUUGGAAAUGGCACCUAUGGUCAAGUCUACAAGGGUCGGCAUGUCAAGACGGGUCAACUGGCAGCUAUCAAAGUCAUGGAUGUUACAGAGGAUGAAGAAGAAGAAAUCAAAUUGGAAAUAAACAUGUUGAAGAAAUACUCCCAUCAUAGAAAUAUAGCAACUUAUUAUGGUGCUUUCAUUAAGAAAAGUCCUCCAGGACAUGAUGACCAGCUGUGGCUUGUCAUGGAGUUCUGUGGUGCAGGUUCUAUUACUGACCUGGUGAAGAAUACAAAAGGAAAUACUUUGAAAGAAGACUGGAUAGCAUACAUCUCUAGAGAAAUUCUCAGGGGAUUGGCACAUCUUCAUGCCCAUCACGUGAUUCAUAGAGAUAUCAAAGGACAGAAUGUGUUGUUAACAGAAAACGCAGAGGUGAAACUUGUGGAUUUUGGUGUUAGUGCUCAACUGGACAGGACAGUUGGUAGAAGAAAUACAUUUAUUGGAACGCCUUACUGGAUGGCCCCAGAAGUUAUUGCCUGUGAUGAAAACCCAGACGCUACGUAUGACUACAGGAGUGACCUUUGGUCGUGUGGCAUUACAGCCAUAGAAAUGGCAGAAGGUGCUCCCCCCCUCUGUGAUAUGCAUCCAAUGAGAGCCUUGUUUCUUAUUCCCAGAAAUCCACCUCCACGCUUAAAAUCUAAGAAAUGGUCAAAAAAGUUCUUUAGUUUUAUAGAGGGCUGUUUAGUGAAGAACUAUAUGCAGCGGCCUCCUACAGAGCAACUUUUAAAGCAUCCAUUCAUACGUGAUCAGCCAAACGAAAGGCAAGUCCGAAUCCAGCUUAAAGAUCAUAUAGACAGAACUAGGAAGAAGAGAGGAGAGAAGGAUGAAACAGAAUACGAGUAUAGUGGAAGUGAAGAAGAGGAGGAGGAAGUGCCUGAACAAGAAGGAGAGCCAAGUUCUAUUGUUAAUGUGCCUGGAGAAUCUACCCUCAGACGUGAUUUCCUGAGAUUACAGCAGGAAAACAAGGAACGUUCUGAGGCUCUUCGGAGACAACAGCUGCUACAGGAACAACAGCUACGAGAGCAAGAAGAGUACAAGCGGCAGCUGCUGGCGGAGAGACAAAAGCGCAUUGAACAGCAGAAAGAGCAAAGGAGGAGACUAGAAGAGCAACAAAGAAGAGAACGAGAAGCGCGGAGACAGCAAGAGCGUGAGCAAAGGAGGAGAGAACAGGAGGAGAAGAAGAGAUUAGAGGAAAUGGAGAAGAGAAGAAAGGAAGAAGAGGAGAGAAGGAGAGCAGAGGAAGAAAAAAGGAGAGUGGAGAGAGAACAGGAGUAUAUCAGGCGACAGCUAGAAGAGGAGCAGCGGCACUUGGAAAUCCUUCAGCAGCAACUGCUCCAGGAGCAGGCCAUGUUACUGGAAUACAGAUGGCGAGAGAUGGAGGAACAUCGGCAGGCAGAGAGACUCCAGCGACAGUUGCAGCAGGAGCAGGCAUAUCUUUUGUCACUUCAGCAUGACCACAGGCGGCAUCAGCAGCAUCAGCAGCAGCAACAACAACAGCAACAACAAGAAAGGAAUAAACAAAGUUAUCACACCCCAGAGCCUAAGCCCCAUUAUGAACCUACUGAAAGGCCACGAGAGGUUGAUGAUAGAUAUAGGAAGAAUAAUCAGGGAUCCCCUGAAGCGCAGUCUAAACAGACGAGCAAAGUGUUGGAGCCUCCAGUGCCUUCGAGAUCAGAGUCCUUUUCGAAUGGAAAUGCCGAGCCUAUUCAGCCUUCCCUGCAAAAGCCGAUGGAACCACAGGUACAGUGGUCCCAUCUGGCAUCUCUCAAGAACAAUGUUUCCCCUGUCUCGCGGUCCCAUUCCUUCAGUGACCCUUCUCCCAAAUUUGCACAUCACCACCUGCGCUCUCAGGACCCAUAUCCAGCUUCACGCAGUGAAGUGAUAAGUCAGAGUUCUGACUCUAAGUCUGAGGUACCUGACCCCACCCAAAAGGCUUGGGCUAGAUCAGACAGUGACGAGGUGCCUCCAAGGGUACCUGUGAGAACAACAUCCAGAUCACCUGUAUUGUCUCGUCGAGAUUCUCCCCUACAGAGCACUGGGCAACAGAAUAACCAAGCAGGGCAAAGAAACUCCACAAGCAAUAUAGAGCCUCGUUUGCUUUGGGAAAGAGUGGAAAAGCUGGUGCCAAGGCCUGGAAGUGGAAGCUCCUCUGGAUCCAGCAAUUCUAGCUCACAGCCUGGAUCUCACCCUGGGUCUCAGAGUGGGUCUGGGGAGAGAUUUCGAAUGAGAUCAUCAUCAAAAUCUGAAGGUUCACCAUCUCAGCGUAAUGAAAAUGCAACCAAAAAAACAGAAGACAAGAAGGAAGCCUUCAGACCCAGUAAACCUGUGGGAGAGGUGGAUUUAACUGCUUUGGCAAAGGAACUGAGGGCAGUAGAAGAUGUGCGACCUCCCCAUAAAGUGACAGAUUACUCUUCUUCCAGUGAAGAAUCAGGGACAACUGAUGAAGAUGAUGAUGACAUAGAGCAAGAAGGAGUCGAUGAAUCUACUUCUGGCCCAGAAGAUGCUAGAGCAGUAUCCACUCUAAACCUCAGCAAUGGGGAAACAGAGUCUGUGAAAACCAUGAUUGUGCAUGAUGAUGUGGAGAGUGAACCUGCCAUGACUCCUUCCAAGGAGGGCACUUUAAUAGUCCGACAGAGUACAGUUGACACAAAGCGUGCCAGCCAUCAUGAGAGCAAUGGCUUUGCCGGUCGCAUUCACCUCUUGCCAGAUCUCUUACAGCAAAGCCAUUCCUCCUCCACUUCCUCCACCUCCUCCUCCCCAUCCUCCAGCCAGCCGACACCCACCAUGUCCCCACAGACACCCCAGGACAAGCUAACUACUAAUGAGACUCAAUCCGCUAGUAAUACACUGCAGAAACACAAAUCUUCCUCCUCCUUUACGCCUUUUAUAGACCCUAGAUUACUCCAAAUAUCUCCAUCUAGUGGAACAACUGUGACUUCUGUUGUAGGAUUUUCUAGUGAAGCAAUGAGAGCAGAAGCCAUCAGACAGGAUCCAACCCGGAAAGGAUCUGUUGUUAAUGUGAACCCUACAAAUACAAGACCACAAAGUGACACUCCAGAAAUCCGCAAAUACAAGAAGAGAUUCAAUUCUGAAAUCCUGUGUGCUGCCUUAUGGGGCGUUAACUUGUUAGUGGGGACUGAGAGUGGCCUGAUGCUGCUGGACAGGAGUGGCCAAGGGAAGGUAUAUCCAUUAAUAAACAGAAGGAGAUUUCAGCAAAUGGAUGUACUUGAAGGUCUAAAUGUGUUGGUGACAAUAUCGGGUAAGAAGAAUAAAUUGAGAGUUUAUUACCUAUCAUGGUUAAGAAACAAAAUCCUUCACAACGACCCUGAGGUAGAGAAGAAGCAAGGCUGGACAACUGUGGGCGACUUGGAAGGCUGUGUGCACUAUAAAGUUGUAAAAUAUGAAAGAAUCAAAUUCUUAGUCAUUGCUUUGAAGUGUUCUGUGGAAGUCUACGCAUGGGCACCAAAACCAUACCAUAAAUUCAUGGCAUUUAAGUCAUUUGGAGACCUGGUACAUAAACCAUUAUUAGUGGAUCUUACCGUAGAAGAAGGCCAGAGACUGAAGGUGAUCUAUGGCUCCUGUGCUGGAUUUCAUGCAGUUGAUGUGGAUUCAGGAUCAGUGUAUGAUAUUUACCUCCCAACGCAUAUCCAGAGUAGUAUCCAGCCCCAUGCAAUCAUCAUUCUGCCAAACACUGAUGGGAUGGAGUUACUUGUUUGCUAUGAGGAUGAAGGCGUAUAUGUUAAUACAUAUGGAAGGAUCACAAAAGACGUCGUUCUACAGUGGGGAGAAAUGCCUACAUCAGUGGCAUAUAUUCGAUCCAAUCAAAUUAUGGGCUGGGGAGAAAAGGCUAUUGAGAUACGAUCAGUGGAAACAGGACACUUGGAUGGUGUAUUCAUGCACAAAAGGGCGCAAAGACUCAAGUUUCUAUGUGAACGUAAUGACAAGGUUUUCUUUGCAUCUGUACGGUCUGGAGGAAGCAGUCAGGUUUAUUUCAUGACCUUAGGCCGGACUUCUCUUCUGAGUUGGUAGAAGCAAAAGAAAAUUUGUUGCGGGAUUGCUGUGAUCUGGAGUCUUCAUAACUUGGAAUCAUUUGCAACUGGAGUUCAGACCGGCCGUGAUGCAGUGCCCUAUGCCAUGGCGUGUGCAGGCAUCACUGGUGUUGGGUUCUUUUUCUUUUUAAACUGAGGCUGCAGUGUGCAGCUGGUGCUGUGCAGAUAUUGCCAUCAGGUGCUAUCUGGUUUGGGAUUCCACUAGAGAAAGAAUCAGGUCUCUUUCCUUUUCCUCCUCCCCCCCUCCCCCUCCUCCUUUCCUAACUCCAGAUUUCCAAGUGAAACAAAUAAAUAAAAGGACGAGACUGGUCAGAAAUGUGUUUUUGAGAGAAGGCAAGGCAUAAGAAGGUGGCAGGAGGUUGACGUAGGCGGAGCCAGUGUUGCUGAAGCAGAGGGCAGAUCUAAGAUAGUAAUAUUAACAAUGUAUUUAAUUGACAUUUCUUCUGCUUUGUUUUUUUCUUUUAUAAUGUGACAAUAUGUGAGCAGAGAGGAAGACACAGGUUUUAAAUUUUAAUAUUUAUAAAAUGUGAAAGGCACAGUGGUUUCGGGGAGGUGGGGUGAAUUCUGUUUGAAGUUUUGGCUUGGCCAAGAGUUUAGUCCGUUGGUUUUUUUUUUUUGUUUGUUUUUUCCUAUGUACCAAGUUUUGCCUGAAAACCACACAUCGAUGGUUUUUUUAAAAAUAAAAUGAAUGAAUGAAUAAAUAAAUAAUAGAAUUGUUCGUUUUUCUAUGAUGACUUGUCAUUAGGCCAAUACUUGGUAAUGUCAGUGUUAGCACUGCCUAAGUUAAAAGGUUUAAUUUUUGUUUAAACCUAAAAUGUGCAACAACUUUUACUACCAGUCUGCACAUGUAGCCUUUGGGGAGAGAAAAUUCCAAACAUGUUUAUUUUUGUGCCUACCUCAUUAUUUCUAAUACAUACGAUAAAAGAGGUGGUUAGGUCUAUACCAUUUUUUUAAAGUGAGCUAAUAAUAAUGUCCAAUUAAUCAUAAUACCAAAACUUUAGCAGGUUAAAGGUGUGACUGUUAAUUUUGUACCAGGUUUCAUCAGGAGAGACCAGCAGUCGUUUGAGAUGGUUGAAUUAGACUUGUGCCAGUGACGCAGUGAUGUUUGAGUAGUCAAUUUUUUAAAAUUUUGAAAGCAAACUUUUCACUUUAUUUUUUACCAAUUUCAUCAUGAAUGGAAAUUAAGAGGAAUUUUAGCCUGAAAUCUGGAAAGUUUUACUCUUAACAUGUGGAGCCUAGUAACAGGCAAGUAAUAAAAAACUAGGCUAGUUCUAUAACUUCUUAAAUGUUGUAGGAAACUUUGGGGAAGCGAUAUUUUCCUUUUCUAAUAAUGCAAUGCACUAAAACUAUUUUAAGAAUGUAGUUAAUACUGCUUAUUCAUUUUUUAAAAAAAGAAAGCAGCGUAUACUUAUGUUAAAGUGUAAAAUUCAGACUCUUGGCUCUCUUUUGCUUUUCCCUGCCCCACCUUUUUGAAGAAAGAAACAAACCAACAACCUCUGUUUUGUUUUUAUCAAUAAGUUUCUGGCCUUUGUAAUAAAUGUCUCAAGACUAAUACUUUGUUUAAAGACUACACGUGUUUAUUACUUGAGAAAACUUGAGUGUUUAAUUAUCUGUUGGUGGUGUGAUAAUGCACAGUGUCAUGAUUCAAUCAUUAUGGGUUUUUUUAAAAAAACUUUUUUUACUCUGUUUGGAGUACUUUAUUGACGGCUGCCUUAAGCUCACUGUUCAGUAAGUGAAUUGGAUUCCAAUGUUUCAUGGGGCUGUAACUUCUGUUGUGAUAGUAGGACAGGUAGGGACUCAGAUGUGUUUCUUCAAUCAGAAUGCUUUGAUAGGGGAGAUGAGAUUGGUCAUAUGGCUUGGCUUCCCAUUGAAUAGAACCAACUGAGCCUAAUGCUCAGUAAGUCAUUCCUUUGACAACAAACCACUGUUCUUCUCUCUGGCCCUUUACUAAACUCCUUCUUUGGAAGAGCAGGAGGAUUCCCCCAUUCCCUCCCCAGGAGUAGGCGUGUGCAUAUAAAACAAAUAAGAACGCAGAGAAACCUCUUGAAGUCUCUCUUUCUCUUGAUCUCUUUUUAAAAAAAUGCUUGACUCUUGGGGUGCAUUCAAUAUCAGGGCUAAGGCUGCAGUUACAUGUACUUCUCUUUGUUCCUGUUAGCAAACAGCCAAGCAGCAACUCGGCUUUGUCUCACAGAAAACCAGUGGGACCCCAAAGGCCAAUGCCAAUAUGGACAAUAGGCAUCCUCUUCCGUUGGAGAUUGCAGCAUAGCUGACUGAUUGGCUGGAUGCCUUGAGGGCAAAGAUAAGAAUGGCACAAAAAGUGAUGUAAUUAUUACUGUCUCCUCUCAUGCCACCUUGAUUGAUCGAUUUGAUACAUGUAUAUCAAUACUACUGUUCAUGAAAUGUAGGAGUGUUGUAAUAAGGAGGACUACUUCUGGGUCAAUUUCCUUCCUGAUAAAGUUGUGCACCGCAAAGCAAGGGGGAUGACUUUGCUCUUGGGCACUGUUGUUUUGCUGCCCCAAACCCCACACAAGUGCCAAGGUGGCUGACUUUGCAAGUUGAAUCAGUGUUAUGAAACCACUACAAAAUAAAAUGUUGAAAUCCAUUUUCAAAGCAGUGCUGUUGGUAAGCAUAAAGGAAUACUCCUAGUUUAGUUUUAAGCUUUAAGUAAUAAUUUUCUGUAUCUUAAGUCAAAGUAACUCUAACUGUAUGACUGCAGUGACUUUAUUUUUUAUCGUAUGCACCUGUUAUGUUGGAGAAAAUGUUUACAAAAAUGGUUUUGUUACACUAAUGUGCAUCACAUAUUUAUGGUUUAUUUCAAAGUGAUUUUGUGGGGUUUAGGUUUUCAUAGUAGUAGUAGUACACCUUUUUGUGAUAUUUUUUAAAAUAACCCCAAACUCUGCCAACUAUAAAGAUGCUUAAACAAUAAUACAAAUGACAAAAUUACAGUAAAAGUACUAAUUGUAGAGCUGCAAAGCAGACUGGCCAUGAAACACUCAGCCUUUCUGCAGUGCUGUCUAAUUUGUCUUUUGUGUAUUAUAAAAUUACUGUUCCCCUUUCCUUAAAUAAAGUGAAAAUGACACCUAUGUGUCUGUGAAAACUA